UGAUCCCUUUAGGAAGACAGUUGCAGACUGAAAGGUCUUCUCCUAAGUGGAUGAAUGGUCUUGGCAAAUAUUAGUCAUCAGCUCCUGGUGAAAAAUGAACAUCGUUGGCUUUCUAAAAUCUCAGUUCCUUUGUCAUCUUUUCAUCAGCUAUGUGUUUAUUGGAACUGGACUUAUCAUUAAUUGUAUUCAACUUUUAACUCUUCUUCUAUGGCCUUUUAACAAACAACUUUACCGGAAAAUCAACUGCAGACUUGCAUAUUGUGUAUCAAGCCAACUGGUGAUGUUGUUGGAGUGGUGGUCAGGCACUGAGUGCACUAUGUAUACUGACCUUGAAAACUACCCCAAAUAUGGCAAAGAAAACGCGAUAGUAGUUCUUAAUCACAACUUUGAAAUUGACUUUCUGUGUGGCUGGAAUGUUUGUGAAAGAUUUGGUGUUCUAGGGAGCUCAAAAGUCCUAGCCAAGAAAGAGUUGGCCUAUGUACCAGUAUUCGGCUGGAUGUGGUACUUCUUAGAGAUUGUUUUCUGUAAACGAAAAUGGGAAGAAGACCGGAAAACAGUUAUGCAAGCCUUAAGGAACCUUAGAGACUACCCUGAACAUUUUUGGUUUCUAAUUCACUGUGAGGGCACACGUUUCACAGAGAAGAAACAUGAAAUCAGCAUGCAAGUUGCAGAAGCCAAAGGCCUUCCCAAGUUGAAAUAUCACCUCCUACCCAGGACAAAGGGAUUUGCUGUCACUGUGCAAAGUUUGAGAAAUGUAGCCGCUGCCGUAUAUGAUUCCACACUGAACUUCAGAAAUAAUGAAAAUCCUACCCUACUUGGCAUAUUAAACGGGACGAAGUACCAUGCAGACUUUUAUGUAAGGCGAAUUCCUUUAGAAGAAAUCCCUGAAGACGAACAGGAAUGUGCCAGUUGGCUCCACAAGCUGUACCAAGAAAAAGAUGCCUUUCAAGAAGAAUACUACAAGACUGGAGUGUAUCCUGAAACUGCUAUUGUGCCUGCACGUAGACCAUGGACUCUUGUGAACUGGUUGUUCUGGGCAUCUUUGCUGUCUUACCCUCUAUGCAAAGUUCUUGCUAACAUGAUCAGCAGUGGAUCAUACCUCACACUGGCUAUGUUUGCGCUACUUAUGGUAAUAGUCUCUGUUGGAGUGCGGCAGAUGAUUGGCUUCACUGAAAUAGACAGAGGUUCCACUUACGGCAACCACGAAAACAAACAAAAAAAGACUUAACAGUAUUGAAUACUAUUAAGACUUUAAAAGGGAAAUAUUUUGAACAGUGACCCAGAAUUUGUAGGAAUGAGAAGUCUGCAUUGCCUUGAUGGUGCUUCUAGCACUCGCCUAGGUGACAUAUCAUUAUUUUGCUAGUGCAUCAGGAUCAGGGAAACCACCUAAUGUAUUUUAUUUUUAAACUGUGAUAACUCCAUCCCAUGGAUCUUCAAUUCAGACAAUGGAAAAAAUACUU